AUGACAACCAGUUUCCGUCAGUUUUCAAGCACGAUGGCUCUCCGGUGCCCCGAUUUGCCCUUUUUACCGGGCUAUACUUUCAACCCAAUGCUGGGUAAAACCAAAUUUAAUAUGGACCCCAAAUUCGAUUUUAUUGGUGAUGGGGUCCCAGCACUGAUCGAGAAAGUCAAACCGAAUAUGUUUGGGCCUCUUUCGGAUAAAUACCCCUCUUUGUACCCAAGGGGCGAAGUUGUGGAACUCCCCUCCUGGAUUGCCUUUGACAAACAAAUCUUGUGUUUCGAUGCGUUUUUCAAGGAGACAUUGCAGGAAGUCCGUGGCGCUCCUUUCUCGUUGCGAAGAGUCAAAAUUUAUUUUUUUCUCGAAGAUGGGACAAUUCAGGUGAUUGAGCCCAAAGUUGAAAAUAGCGGAAUUGCUCAAGGUACCCUAAUUUGUCGGCACCGAAUCCGCUUUUCGCCCCCUAUGGAUGAUAAUUUUUACGAAGUUGUUGACUUAAAUGUCGGCAAGGAGGUUGAAUUUUAUGGCCGGGUUUUUAAAAUCACCGAUUGUGAUAAAUUUACUCGGAAUUUCCUAAACCGGUGUGGAAUUCAUGUCCCGGAUUCGCUCAACAUUCCCGAGGACCCCUUCUUGAAGUUACGUAAUCACGAAAACGCUCGAAUGAAAAAACGAGCGAAGAAACGGGACGAUUCCCUCGGGAAGUUUCUGGAAAACGACCGGAAAGUGUUACGCUUUUAUGGCUAUUGGGAUGACCAGGAGACCGUUUUUGGGUAUUUGCACCGUCUGGAAAUUUUGUAUUUCCUAGCAGACGACACAAUCGAAAUUCGCGAAGUCUCAACCGAGGACUGUACUAAAAAAAACACUUUCAUUUUUUUGCACAGAGACAAAAUUCCUAAAACUUACAACGAACUGCCUUUGCCCGGUGCAAACUGCACCAGCACUGUUUUAAAUGUUUUAGGGCCUGGCCUGCAAGGGGGACGCUUUAUCAAAGACCCCUUGUCCUGUGGGGUGGAGGUAACGGAGUACUAUUGCGAAAAGGAUUUGUUUAUCGGGAGUGUCAUAAAUUGUUACGGGAGGAAGUUGGUACUCACCGACUGCGAUCCCUAUACUCGGGAGUACUACAGAAGCAUGUACGGCUUGAACAGUUUGGACGCCAUAGCGUUUCCUGAGGACAAACACGCUGGCGUCAAAGUCGAGCAAAAGGAGCGCGAGUUGCCCCCUUGGAACGGCUACGGCUCUUAUGAGGACUCAGCCCAGAAUUGCAUCACAGUGGAACCCAAGGCGCCUCAUCGAGACUUUAAAAAAUUUCUCAAUUUGGAUAGAAUUGGUAUCGAUAGUCACAUUUUACGAUUCCAGGCUCGAAUGAUAUCGAAAAUACCCGAGAAUUGUACCCGACGUUUUGUCAUAAGUUAUUACUUGGCUGAUGACACGAUUGCUGUGUUUGAGCGUGGAAUUAGAAAUUCAGGUUUUGAUACCAAGGAGUUUUUUGCCCGGAGAUCGGUUGCUCUACCCAAUCAAGGAGUCUAUACGAGUAAACCACCAAUUACUUACAAGUCACAAGACAUGUACGUGGGGGCUACUUUGAUUAUAAACAGUUUUAAAUUUCAACUAACAGACGCAGACGAGUAUGCGCUUAGAUAUAUGGAAAUUCACGACUAUCAGUAUCCAAAAGCAAAUAUUAAAGUUAUAAUGGGGAAAAUUCGGGAAAAGCUAAGGCCGACUUACAAGGAUUUUGUCGCAGAAAAUAUGCCAAAAGAGGAUACAAAUAUUCCUUAUGACACUCUCAAGUCGAAAUUAUUGGGGAUUUUGGGGGACGAUUUCACUGAACAUGAAAUGAUCACAAUAGCUCGCGCUUUUCCGGGCGAUGUCGACCUGACUGAAAAGUAUGAUCGUGAGAAAAUCCGGGCAAUCGCUUUGACGGAAUUAAAGCGUGGACUUUGGGACGAUUUGGCCCGAUUGAGGGAAUACUUCCUGAUGAGGGACCCUCACAGAUCGGGGGUUUUACCCAGAAAUGAAUGUUACAUUGUAAUACGGGCUUGUAGACUGCCUUUGGAGAAAGAACUCAUAGAAAAAAUUUUGGAAGUAAUACAGAAAGACAAUGACGGUAAUCUCUGUUAUGAAGAUAUAUUGAAUUUCUUCAAUCGCGAUAUUUGCAAACGGCCGGAUGUUGAACCAAUUAAUUUGAAACAUGAAUUGAGUUGCAUCAAAGACAUUGAGUACAAAAAAUACAGAUUGAUCAAUUGGUGCGAAUUUAACAAAUUUUUGGAUUUGGAAGACACUUUCAAAGAGCAACCGGUCAAUAAUACGAUUGAACGACUCCAAAAAAAUAAAUAAUUAAAUACUGUACUUGCAUAAUUUUUGUCGUGUGGUUUUGUGUGCUAUUACUAAGGUUGUCGUUUAAAAAUUAAGGUAAAAAAUUUAGCUGUUUGUGAUAAAAACAUUUAUUGUCACAAUACAAUAUAAUCAAUGCAUUUUAAUAUAACUUUUAUGCCAU